UGUUCCCAUUGUGUUCGAUUCCGACGCUCUCCGUCGUUUCUCCGCUUGACAGUUGGUUGCGUAGGCUAGCAUGAACAAGCAGCAGUGGCGCGGAAGGUGGGAAACGUACCCUGAACCGAGGUACUUCCAGUGGGAAGAAUAUGCGUACCGUACGGCAGCGUACAGUGUACCCAACAGGAGGGGUCGUGCGGGUAGCAGAAUACCAGCCCAGCAGAUACGAAAGCUGCGAAUCUGGGCCGCCUUCUUCGUAGUUCUGACUUUCGGCAUUGUGCUGUCCUACCACAUCUACCUUGCACGGACGGUGCUCUUCAGCCGGAUCUGGCAAGAUGCUGACGUUACGAGUCUGAUGGAGACGGAACGUCGUGCAGUGUUGCCUCACAUGAAGUGGGUGGAUGACACGGACCGCUGGCGAGAGGCGUACCCGGCUGAACUGCAGGUCUACACUGCCUUCUAUUACUACAAGGAAGCUGUCAGCUCCUCUCGUGCAGAUCAAGAUACGCCUCCCAUCAUCGUGCUUGGCUUGAUGACGUCCACGUCCUGUUCAGUGGAGGCCAGAGUUGUGUACAAGGACUAUCCUAACUCCUUCCGGGUCACUAGUGGAACGUGCCGAUAUUUAGCGCAACGAGGACAACAUCCGCUGAAGGCUGUUGCUUUGGAGUUCAAGUCCAGGCAGCCUGGUGCUCGCGUGCCAGUGAGCAUAUCGGUCCUUCUCAACGGAAGGGACUCUCAGGUGUGGAUUCCAGUUCGUGCGACUGUCCUGCCACGCUCGGCAGUUGAGCCCCGAAGAACUGUCGGCGUGUGUUGUCGUACUGGCCCCAGCCCGAAUGUCGCCCUCUUGGCCGAAUUCAUUGCUUUCCAUCGUCUCUUGGGAGCAUCACGGUUCACGCUGUACACUGGUGCUGGCGUUCCAGCGGAACUUGCACAAUCUGCAACGCUUCUACCGUGGGAGAACGCGGUGGUGGACGUCAUGACGCCUCCCGCUUACGCAAUAUUCCUUCAAGACUGUAUUCUACGUUCCAGGUCGCAAGUCGAGCAUGUCGUGACGCUCGAUGUCGACGAGUUCUUCGUUCCGAGACAUUACGACAGCAUCAGUGCUGCAUUGAUGUUGCUACCGGAAGCGGAGGCGUACACGAUGGAAAUAGCCACGUUUUGCGAUUCGUCUUCUGAACGGACACUAAAUAAGACGAUGCUUGUGACCCAAAGGUCGUUUCAGCGGGCGGACGUAUCCUCGUGGCAGCCUACAGUGUUUCGUUGCCUUGGUGACAGAUGGAGACAAGCGACUGUGCCACAGAGUGAAGGUACUGUGCAACGGUACAGAGACAGUUCCGAGUGCUUACAGGGACAUGGCCGCGAGGACAAAACCGCAAUACGCUUUGGAGAGUCGCUCCGUAAAGCGAAAGAAGUUCAGAAAUAUGUGUUUUCGAACGGUUGAUAUAGCGAUAUUAAAUUAUGUGUGCAUUAAAUCGACUGCAUGGC